AUGUCAAUCAUAUUCAAUAAUUUUCCUCGUUAUAGUUUUUUUACUCGAAGGAUGACAACAUUAACAAGUUCAAUAUCGAAAAAUGUUGAAGGAUUUAUUAAUUUUAUUAAUAAAAGUCCAACAGCAUUUCAUUGUGUUGAUAAUGUUAAAACAACAUUGACUGCAGCAGGUUUUAAAGAAUUGCGAGAAAGUGAACAAUGGAAUAUUGAACCGUCGGGAAAAUAUUUUGUUAUUAAAAAUGAUUCAUGUAUCGCGGCAUUUGCUGUUGGAGGAAAAUAUCAAAAUGGCAAUGGUUUUGCUUUAGCAGCAACACAUACUGAUUCACCACAUCUUCGAGUAAAACCUGUAUCAAAACGAGAAGAAAGUGGUUAUUUACAAGUCAAUGUUGAAUGUUAUGGUGGUGGUAUUUGGCAUACAUGGUUUGAUAGAGAUUUAACAGUAGCUGGACGAGUUUUCUUUCGAAAACAAAAUGGUAAAAUUAAUCAACAUUUGGUACAUAUCAAUCGACCUAUACUUCGUGUACCAACAAUUGCAAUUCAUCUUAAACGUGAUACCAAUGAAAAAUUAGAAAUCAAUAAACAAGAACAUUUACAAGCUGUAUUAUCAUUAAAAACUGAAGAAGAAUUAAAUAAAUCAACAAAAGAAAAAGAAACAACAUCAGAUAUAAAUAAAAAAUUAACUGAUGAAUCAAAAAAACAUCAUAGUCAGUUAUUAGAAUUAAUUGCUAAUGAAUGUGAUUGUCAAGCAGAUGAUAUUAUUAAUUUUGAUUUAAUGCUUGCUGAUACUCAACCAUCAUGUGUCGGUGGUCUUAAAAAUGAAUUUAUUUAUUCUGGACGACUUGAUAAUCAAAUGAGUGCAUAUUGUGCAAUUCAAGGUCUUGUCAAUACACUCGACACGCUUUCAGAUGAAACAUUUAUUCGUGGAGCUUUAUUAUAUGAUAAUGAAGAGAUUGGUUCUGAAACUGCUCAAGGUGCCAUGAGUGAAUUUACUCAACAUACAUUACGUCGAAUGACACGUGAUGAAUAUGAACGUUCAGUAUCAAAUUCAUUUCUUGUUUCAGCUGAUAUGGCUCAUGCUGUUCAUCCAAAUUACAGUUCUCUCCAUGAUCGUGAUCAUAGACCAUCAUUAUUAAAUGGUGGAGUUGUUGUUAAAACAAAUUGUUGUGGUCGCUAUGCAACAAGUGCAUUUACAGCAACUUUAAUUAAAGAAAUUGCUCGUUUAAGCAAUGUUCCAUUACAGGAAUUUUGUAUGAGAAACGAUAUGCCAUGUGGUACAACUGUUGGUCCAAUACUUGCUACUCGUCUUGGAAUGUAUACAGUUGAUGUUGGUGCACCACAAUUAUCAAUGCAUUCAAUACGUGAAAUGACAUCAACAAAAGCAUUAGAACACUAUUUAGAUUUCUUUAAUGGAUUUUACAAGAAUUUUAAACAAGUUCACGAUUCAAUUGAACAUUAA